CAUUUUUAGACAACAUCGUCCACCAUUUUACUGUUUUGCUUGCAAACCAUCUCGGAUUACUUAAAAAGCCGCCCGCGUUCUAUGAAACCACACCGGAAUCGCAUUCAGAACGCAUUAACGCGUCUAUAGCACCAACUUCCGCUUGUUCAAUUUGAGGUUACCCGAAGGAGAAACGAUGGAAAGUGAACAAUUCUCGUUGUGUUGGAACAAUUUCCACAACAACUUAAGUUCAGGCUUUCAUACUUUGCUUAGGGAUGAAGACCUCGUUGAUGUAACACUGGCAGCGGAAGGGAAGUACUUGAAAGCCCAUAAAACGGUACUUUCCGUGUGCAGUCCGUAUUUUAAAGAACUAUUUCGAGUUAACCCAUGUGAUCACCCAAUAGUUAUUUUACAAGAUGUUAAAUACACGGCACUGCAAAGUUUACUCGAAUUCAUGUAUCAGGGUGAGGUUAGUGUUAGCCAAGAAGAAAUACCCAUGUUUAUGAGGGUAGCGGACGUUUUAAAAAUCAAAGGAUUAAGUGAAAACGCUAAUAAUAAGGAAACAAAUGGAUUAGAUUCAAAUCAUAAAUUUGAUCCCACAGAUUCAAAGCAAUAUUUAAAACGUAAAUCGAUGGUUAAAAAAAUAAUCAAACCCAUUCAACAUCUUCGUCCCAUCGAACCUAAUCUCCCAAUAAAAUCUCCCCCGAUGGUACGAUCUCCGAUAACGCCUCAAUCUCCUGCAAAACAGCCCCGAAUUGAAACGCCGGUUAGCGCUUCAGAAAGUAAUCUUGAUGUGGUGACACCUAAACAAGAACCGAUCGAUGAAGAUUUUAGUGAUGCUUACGAUGAUUCGAUGGAUGUUAGUUCGAUGAUUGAUACAAGUUUAGGGGAAACUUCCGAUUUUAAACCUAAUUUUUCAACGGCAGCUAGUUGUUCCGGGAUAAAGCAAAAUAUGGAUACGUCAAGUCCAGGUAGUUUGUAUUUUUUAAAAAGUCGUCGCGGUCAUCCCGUUUUGAUUCAUAGCGGCCACAUGUACACGUUGAGUCAUCGGCGUGAAACGAAAAGUACCUGGAUUUGCGUAAAGCAAAAAACGUUAAAUUGCGAAGGUUGUGUUACCACGACGCAUGGAAAUACUUUGCUCUCCUACAGUGGUCAUAAUCACGCUCAAUUGAACAACAUCAUCCAAAGAUUACAAGCGACAAGUUGCAGUCCAUCACCGGAGUUGUAAUUAUUAAUUAAUUUAUUUAAAAUCUAGUCAUUUCAUUUUUUUUUUAAUUAAUUCGGAUUUUAAUAUUUUAAAGCAGAUUAAGUCAGUAUUUAUUUAUAUAGGAUGAAUAAAUAAACGUGUGUUGUUAAGUUUUUUCUUAGAGUUUUUUUAUAUUAAAUUU